CUUUCAUUCAAUUUUUUUAUAUAUAUUUCUUAUUCGAUAAUUCACGAAUAAAAAUAAGUUUAUUUAUUUUCACUUAUUUCUUUACACCAACUUCUAAAAAACAAGUACGGCACGGACAAUGCAAGGCAGUAGUUUCUUCCCGACACUAAAGUCGCAUGACAUUCUCGAAGUCAUGGGCCAAAUGGAAAUUCCAAUUACAGAGGAGGAUUUGGAAAAGCCGACGCCGUAUCGUGUGCAGGACUGGUACGCGGCAUUUCUGUACCUCCUCAAGGGCAUUUCAUUGGAGGAGCUAGAAAACAACAACGAUAUGCAUGAUCUGUCCGACUACCCAGAGUCCCAUAACGACGACAUAUCACUCAUGGCGUUCUACCAAAACAUGUCGACACUCCUGAAGCAAGUUGGUUUUGACGACUUUUCACUGCGCGACAUGCUCAACCCAGAGCCGAGCCGCGUGCGACGAAUUCUCAGUGGCAUUUGUAACUUUGCCAUGUUCCGCGAUGACCGCAUGCCGAUUCUGGAAAAAUACACGGCGCAGGCCGACGAGCAGACACAGAGGCUUGAGUCAAUGCAGGCGGAGCUGGAGCAGACCAUGUCGCGAAUUGAGUCGAUUCGCAGCCAGCACGCUCGCGAGAUGCCUGAGGUCAAGGCCCUGCAGGAGAACAACCAGGUUAUGCGUGAGGAGCUCAAAGCGAUGAAGGCCUCUCAAGCGGCACUCAGGAUAGACGAGCUCCAUGACUCGAUUGGCGCCAUAAAGUAUACCAUCGCCAGUUUACAGGACGAGCUGUCGCGGCUGAAGGCGCGCGUGGUUCACAGCCCGGAGAAAAUUCAGCAGGCAAUCACUGAGCUCACUGAGAACAUACAGAUGACUGAUGCCGAGGAUAUUGUGCGCCAGCAUGAGGAGGAGUUGCGGCUGCUGGCCAAGGAAAGAGACAAUGUUAACCAAGAGACAAGCGCUAUUCGCAACCUCACUGUGCGCGAGGAGCAGUUGCAGUUCCAGAACAAGUCGGGCGAGGAGAAAAUCGAGCGCCUUGAAAAGAGUCGCCAGGCGAAGCGCGAGCAGACCACCAGCAGGCUCAGGCAGCUGCAGAGAGAGCGCGCUGAUACAAGCCGCCGGAUGUCCGCCCAGCGUGCGCACUUUGACGAGCUCCAGACCAACAUUAAGCGCGAGCGUUCAACGAUGGACCAGGAGACUGGCGACAUGCAAGAGUGCUAUGACAAGCUGCGCCAACAGACCUUGGAGUACCAGGAUGGGUCAUCCAAUUUGCUAGCUCAUUUUUACAAUUAAACAGCAGACAAAAAGCAAAGCAAUUUGCCUUUUGUGUUAAAUUAAACAGUAUCUAUUAUUUAUUUUAAAUGCUUUCAAAAUAUUAAAAGAAUUUAUAAUUAUG